GGAAACGGAAACGAUGGGAUGUGAUCGGCCGUAAAGAGUAAUUUUUUUUAAAAAAAUUAGGGAAAAAUAUCAGCUAUAGCUGUUGACAAUGGUGGAAUUACAAAAAUAUCAAAAAUUAGCCACAGAGUAUUCAAAAUUAAAAGCUCAACUACCAGUUCUAAAAGAAGCUGUGAAAGAUUUACAGAUAACUGAAAAAAACCUUAAAGAGGAAAUAAGAGAGAAAGAUUCGUCAAUAAGGCGACUUGAACAAGAAUUAGAAAGUACAACAUUUAGGAAUGAACAACUGUCGGCUAGAGUAGAAUUUCUUCAAAAUGAAUUGACGUCAGUAGAACAAAGUUUUAAGAAAAAGAAUAGGAAAUUAAAUCUAUCAAAUUCUGGUUCUUUGCAAUCGUUGAACGAUAGUCGCGACGUUUUUGACGAAGAAUUAAAGCAAAAAAUUAGCGAAAAUGCAGCAUUACAUAAAAAGCUCAACGAAGCUAGAGAGAAAUAUAACAACGAACUAGAGACUUUAAGGGUCGACUUAGAACAAUAUAAAAGAACCUCAGAGCAAUGCGAUGAUAAGAUAAAAACAAUACAAACAAAGCAUAAAGAAGAAAUGGAAGUUUUAACUGAAAAAAAAUUGAGAUUAGAAAUCCAGUUACAGAAGCAGACGAAAGAAUUACACAAAGCUAUUAGUUCCGGUCAAAGAGAAUUAACUUUAAGAGAAAGCAUCAGUCAGGACCUUGGAACGAAAUUAAAAUUAGCUGAGAAUCUUAUUAACAAUAACGUGCUCUUCAACAAUCGCAAGAAUAACUUCUACACUUCUCUUGACCUACAACCUUUUUACCGAAAAUCUCAAUUACGAACUUCUGAAUUAAUCAAUCAGUCAUCAAAGCACAUAAAGGAUUUCUGCCUAGCUUUUUCUAAUUUUCUAACUUAUCUAGAGCAGAGAUGUGAUUGCUAUCUCAAUAACGGAGGUGUUCGAAUGAGACUAUGCGAGUUAUUACAUAAAAAUGGAACAUAUACAAAAGCUGUUGCUAAAUCAUUCGGAGAAUUCGAAGGUGAAAGCAACGGGUAUUCAAUGGAAUUUAUUCAUAAACUCGUGGAACUAUGUUCGUAUAUAAAGGUUUUGGUUCCAUAUCUAAAAUUGAGCUUGGACGAAGAGAAUAUUCUUUCUUUUUGUACAACAUCGCUUAGUCAAAAGAAUAAUGAACUACAAAGCUGCUUCGAUUCAUUGCAGGCAUCUUUUCAAAAAUUGUCCAAUUAUUUAAGCAUUCUUAUCGACGUAAAAGAAUCUCGUGUUAUACGAGAAGUACUACUGUCAGUUGAUUGCAUGCAAACUUCGUUAAACGAUCUAUCUGCAACGUUUAAGAACAAAAUAAUUCUAGAACAGCAACUACCAACAAUUCCUAGUCAGCUAAGGGACACGAAUGAAUGUAUACUGAAAUCGCUUCAUUCCUUAAUAACUGUAAUAAGCAAAUUGGCCACAUUCUGUAAAGCUAACAAUGAAGCUUUCGAAGAUUUGAUAGUUGACAGUCAUAAAACGCAUCCGUAUAGUACUGUGUUCAGGACGCAAACGAGCGGCUAUUUAAAGAGUAUAAAUAGCCUACUCAAACAUGAUAGCGUUCCUUACGAAAAAGCCAUUAAAGAUGAGAAGAUCUUAAAGAGUUCGGCAGAAACUAAGGAAGGAUUGGCCGAACAAGUAAAAGAUCUUAGCGUUAAAUGUCUCAAAUUGGAACAAGAAAAAGGACAGUUAAUGCUUGAUAAUCAACUAGUUAACGGAAAACUUGAUAAAAUAAUAAAAAAGAAUAAGAAUUUGGCAGAAGACAACAGAAAACUUGCUAGUGGAACUAUUUCUGAUAAUGUUCUAUCACCAAACGUUCAAGAAAAAGAUGAUAUUGUUGACUUGGUCAGAGAAAAUAUGAUAAAAAAUCAUUUUAUGCAGAGGGUUAACAAGCUCACUGUAGAUUUACAAUAUACAGAAAGUAAAUGCUUAGAUCUCGUUUCCGAGUGUAAAUCUGCUCACCGAAGAUUUAAAUAUAGCGAAGAAGUUCGACAAAGUUUGGAAAAGGAGGUUGAUUUAGCAAAAAAGAAUGUUUCCAGACUAAAGGAUGAACUGGAAACUAUUACCAAAAGCUACGAAGAUCAGCUAGCUACAAUGAGUGAACAUUUGGCAAAUAUGAACGAUAAGUUAGCUAAACAAACAGAGUAUAUAGGAGAACUAGAAGCCAUUACCAAUUCUCCAAAGAACGACAGAAAGAAGAAAAGAUAAUCGCAAUAUCUAAGUAUAUAUAUAGCUGCUUAAAAAAAGAAUCUUCCAAUUAAUAAUAGGAAUAAAGUUUUCAAAAUAAAUCUAAAAUUCAAAAAGAAGCAUUGCCU